CAGGAAUUUGUCAAAGCGUCAAAAAAGCCGCCAUUUCUUGGUUAUCAAUUCUUAUUAUUCUUGCGGCAAUCUAAAUAUACGCCAUAAAUAGGUAAUCUAAUGUAUAAUUUGAUGAACAAAAUAUACAAUUAGCAAAUACAGCUGCUGGCAGCUCCUCCGGGGGUAUAUUUACACUUCGUCGAGGGGUUUACCUCACAGUACGAAACAGGAUGGGGUUUGCAAAUUUCAAUCUACUUCUCUUCGGUCAAGUCAUCUCCUAUUUCCUCGCUUCGAAACUGUUAUUCGACAAAGUCAACGAAACAAUACACAUUGUUAUUGAUGAAUACUUCCACAUACCGCAAGGAUUAGCUUAUUGCAAUGGAAACUACUCAUACUGGGAUCCAAAGAUAACGACUCUACCAGGCUUGUACCUCGUUUCAUCAGUUGUUGGCACCUACUUCAAAUGCAAUACAUACAAUCUACGGUUUGUAAAUCUCAUAGCCUCAUGCGUCAACUUAGUUCUAUUCUCAAGCAUCUUACGAUUUGUGUACUUCGGUGAUAGGAAUCAUAUGAAAAUUAUUCUACAAGCAGUGAGCCUCACUAUACUGCCUCCGUUAUACUUCUUUUCACAUGUCUAUUACACCGAUGUCCUCUCCGUAACAUUUCUGUUGCUGUUUUCAAGAUUAUGUUUAACGAACCGAUACUUCUUUAUGAUCUUGAUCUGCGGUGUGGCUUCUAUAAUGAUGAGACAGACAAAUGUAGUAUGGAUUGCUAUGGUGUUCGGUCAUAAGUUGCUAGAUUUGUUAAUUAAGAGUUCUAGGGUAUUCGGUAACCAGUAUAUCAAUGAUGUGAGGUUGAGUAAGCGUUCCCUCAUAGCCAAAGAUGUGGAUAAGUCUAAAUUGAAACGGUACUACGGAUUAAAAGAUGUUUAUUAUGCAGCAAGAUAUCAUUUGUCGACUGGUUUGACAACAUUCUUCAAGUUUUUAUCGUUCCAUGAUGCUACCGUAUUGUUCACACAUUUGAUGACACUCAGCGGUUUUGUAGCUUUCGUUUAUUACAACGGUUCCAUUGUAGUAGGAGACAAAACAGCUCAUGAAGCGACCCUACAUUUGCCCCAAUUGCUAUACUUUUUAUUAUUCUAUGGAGUCUUCGGUUUGCCUUAUGUUGUGAAUCGGUUGAAAUCUACUCUAAAACUGAUGUUUAGGCAGAAAAUUCUGGUAUUAUUGUCCGCUUUGGUCUUUGUAUUAAUAGUCCAUUUUAAUACCCUCAUUCAUCCAUACUUAGUAGCCGACAACAGACAUUUUACUUUCUACAUAUGGAACCGAUGGUUUGGUAAAUAUGAGAAUGCUAUUUAUUUAACUGUGCCAGCGUAUGUGUUUCUUCUAUUCAGCAUUUAUGAUAAUUUGAGGGAGCAAAAUUGCAUUUCUUUCUUAUUACCAUACACUAUUUGUUUGGUUCUCAGUUUAGCAUUGCAGAAAUUGAUUGAAAUAAGAUAUUUUUUGGUACCAUACAUAGUUUUAAGGCUAAGAUUCGCAAGACCUUCUCAUAUGGUGAUUUUGUCGGAAUUUCUAUGGUAUAUAUUGAUAAAUGCGGCCGCUUUCCAUGUGUUUUUCAAUAAAGAAGUUACGUGGAAGGAUUUCGAUUAUGUCCAAAGGAUAAUUUGGUAGUUUUAAGUCUUUAAAAUGCGUAGGAUCAAAGAAACGAUAUUGUUGUGAAUUUUCUAGUCCAUAGGUUUCCAAAAUUUUCGAAAACGGCCCAAGGCCGGGUCCAUCCCCCUUAAGUGCAUCAUUUAUUCAAAUAGGCCUAAUUACCUCCUUCAUAGUCUUCCCAAUCCACGAUUCCCCAACAACCCUUAUCUUCCUACCCAUAAAAGGCCGGCAACGCACUUCUAACGCCUCUGGUGUUUCGGGUGUCCAUGGGCAGUUGGUUCAAUUGUGCUUGUAGUUUUGUCAUCACUGCAAACUGUCGGUAAAUAAAGAUAGAGAGAGAGAGAGAGAGAGAGAGAGAGAGGCACA